AUCAGUGAGGGCCCAUGAGGGGUAAACAGAUGACGUCAUCCCCCCGCGACGAACCACUUUUCCAUGGUGGCGGAGUGAUGGAGGCGUGCGACUCUUCACGCGUUUCCCUGAGAGAGUUCGGCUGUGAGCAGAACCUCCUGUCGCGUCCUGACGGAUCAGCGUCCUUCAUCCAUGGAGACACAAGUGUGUACGCUGGAGUGUAUGGACCGGCUGAGGUCAAAGUGAGCAAAGAGAUCUAUGACCGGGCAACGUUGGAGGUGUUGAUACAGCCCAAAGUGGGACUGCCAAGUGUAAGGGAGCGAUCACAGGAGCAGUGUGUGCGAGAAACCUGUGAGGCAUCUCUGCUCUUGUCGCUUCACCCCCGCUCCUCCCUCACUCUCAUUCUGCAGGUGUUGCACGAUGACGGUUCACUCUUGUCCUGCUUUUUGAAUGCAGCCUGUAUGGCUCUCAUGGAUGCAGGCCUGCCCAUGAGUUGCCUGUUCUGUGGAGUGACCUGUGCCAUUGACGCAGACGGUCAAAUCAUCACAGAUCCCACUGCAGCUCAGGAAAAGGAAAGUCGAGCUUUGAUGACCUUCGCUAUUGACAGCACACAACGCAAUGUACUGAUGUCAUCAACCAAAGGAUCGUUUUCAGUCAAUGAGCUGCAGCAGUGUAUAGCAGUCAGUCAGACGGCGUCGGAGAAGAUUUUCCAGUUCUACAGGGACUCUGUCCAGCGACGAUACUCCAAAACCCUAUGAUGAAAAAGCAGCUUCCUUUUUUUUUUAAGUCUUUAAAAAAAUGCAUACAAAUACUGACAUUUUAAUAAAGUAUUCAGUGACCA